GCGGCUGCAUCCCCAUCCUUGUCGUCGCCCGGCACAGCGCGAGCGGGCGAGCGGCGGCCGGAGCGCGCCGGGUGGAGCGCCGAGGCCCGGCCAUGGCCACCACCAGCACCACGGGCUCCACCCUGCUGCAGCCCCUCAGCAACGCCGUGCAGCUGCCCAUCGACCAGGUCAACUUUGUAGUGUGCCAACUCUUUGCCUUGCUAGCAGCCAUUUGGUUUCGAACUUAUCUACGUUCAAGCAAAACUAGCUCUUUUAUAAGACAUGUAGUUGCUACCCUUUUGGGCCUUUAUCUUGCACUUUUUUGCUUUGGAUGGUAUGCCUUACAUUUUCUUGUACAAAGUGGAGUUUCCUACUGUAUCAUGAUCAUAAUAGGAGUGGAAAACAUGCACAAAUAUUGUUUUGUGUUUGCUUUGGGAUACCUCACAGUGUGCCAAAUUACUAGAGUUUAUAUCUUUGAUUAUGGACAAUACUCUGCUGAUUUUUCAGGCCCAAUGAUGAUCAUUACCCAGAAGAUCACUAGUUUGGCUUAUGAAAUUCAUGAUGGCAUGUUUCGAAAAGAUGAAGAUCUGACUCCAUCACAGAGGGGUUUGGCUGUAAGGCGCAUGCCAAGCCUACUGGAGUAUUUAAGUUACAACUGUAACUUCAUGGGUAUCCUGGCAGGCCCACUCUGCUCUUACAAAGACUACAUUACUUUUAUUGAAGGCAGAUCACACCAUAUGAUACAAUCAAGUGAAAAUGGAAAGGAAGAAAUACAGUGUGAAAGAACAGAGCCAUCUCCAAAUAUUGCAGUUAUUCAGAAGCUCUUAGUCUGUGGACUUUCCUUAUUGUUUCACUUGACCAUCUCUAACACGUUGCCAGUGGAGUACAACAUUGAUGAGCAUUUUCAAGCUACAGCUUCUUGGCCAACAAAGGUGACCUAUCUGUAUGUCUCUCUAUUGGCUGCCAGACCCAAAUACUAUUUUGCAUGGACAUUAGCUGAUGCUAUUAAUAAUGCUGCAGGCUUUGGUUUCAGAGGAUAUGACAAAAAUGGAGCAGCUCGUUGGGACUUAAUUUCCAAUUUGAGAAUUCAGCAAAUAGAGAUGUCAACAAGUUUUAAGAUGUUUCUUGAUAAUUGGAAUAUUCAGACAGCUCUUUGGCUCAAAAGGGUGUGUUAUCAGCGAGCCACCUUCAGUCCAACCAUCCAGACGUUCAUUCUCUCUGCCAUUUGGCAUGGGGUAUACCCAGGAUAUUAUCUAACGUUUCUAACAGGGGUGUUAAUGACAUUAGCAGCACGAGCUAUGAGAAAUAACUUUAGACAUUAUUUCAUCAAACCUCCCCAACUUAAAUUAUUUUAUGAUGUUGGAACAUGGAUAGUAACUCAAAUAGCAAUAAGUUACACAGUUGUGCCAUUUGUACUUCUUUCUGUAAAACCAUCAUUCAUGUUUUACAGCUCCUGGUAUUACUGCCUGCACAUUGUUGGUCUCAUAGUAUUAUUGUUUUUGCCGGUGAAAAAAACUCAAAGAGGAAAGAAAACACAUGAAAAUGUUCAGCUCUCACAAUCCAAAAAGUUUGAUGGAAGAGAAAAUUCUUUGGGACAGAACAAUUUUUCCACAACAAACAAUGUUUGCAAUCAGAAUCAAGAAGUAGCCUCCAGACCUUCAUCACUAAAGCAGUGAUGGGGAAAGGCUCUGACGGCUAUUUUUUGUAUAUUAACAGAAACCAAUCUUAGCACCUUUUCAAGGGGUUUGUGUUUGUUUGAAAAGAGCUUAACUGGGGGGAAAUGGGACGGUUAUAGGUGGGGAAUUUCCUGUAUACCAGACUGGAUAUGGAGUGAAAUAACCCCUCCCAUGAUACGUUCCUGUGGGCCACGCCUUAUAUAAAAAUGUUUCCAUAUUUCAGUGGGCACUCACAACCUCAGCAUAUGUCCACAGGGUCACAUUUGUGCCCUGUUGCUGAAUGUACAUUGCGUAUCCCAAGGCACUGAAGAGGUGGAAAAAUAAUUGUGUCAAUCUGGAUGAUUGAAAGAAAUUAACUUUUCCAAAUGAAUGUCUUGCCUUAAGCCCUCUAUUUCCUAAAAUAUUGUUCUUAAAUGGUAUUUUCAAGUGUAAAAUUGUGCGAACACUAUUGCAGUAGUUGAUAUUGUGUGCUGUAAAGAAAUUUAGGAAGAAUUUGAAACAGGAUAUUUAAGGAUGUGGAUACCUUAAAAAUGCAAUAAACAUCUCAGUAUUUGAA